AUGCUCGCUGUCCGAUCCAGCGCAGACCACUACAAUCAGCCCCACGUCUUCAUGACCAGCGAGAAGCUUGCGGAUUUCUUUACCACGUCCUUCAAUGCCACCCUUAGUGACGUUGCAGUUUGUCUUGAAGGAUUCUGCCUUAGUGGCAUUCCAGGCCUUCUGCGGCACAGUCAGGACGCUAUCCUACAGCUUAAGGCAAGUAUCAGUGCUCUCAUCCUCCGGAAGCUCCGUGAGACAGCCGGUACACAAGUCUCACGGAUGUACUAUGUCAACUUCGAGCAGCAUAUCACCGAUAAAUAUGGUGUCGUGCUCAAAAACUGGCCGCUCGAAAAGUUCUGCUCCCCGAGUGUGGUCAAUUCACGCACGGAGCUCGAUGUCCUCCUGUGUGCAUGGAAUACAAAUGCUACAUUGUUCCACAGGCUAUCGACAGAGGAGUUGGAGAAGUGGAGGCAGGGCCGAUUCGAGCGACAGAUGGAGGAUAUGGUUGAAAGGGUCUACGAUGGUGCCAUGACAAACACCAUGACAGUAAUGAGUGGGGGCACGGACACUACUUCAGCAACACCGGGCGGGAGCACGGACACUACCACAGUGACGGGUGGGAGCGCAGAGCCUACCACUAGCGGAGAAGGACCGUGCGGCACGGUCACUGCCACUGCCAUGGCCAACACCAGCACCAACUCUGCCAAUGAUGCGGAGCCAACAUCCGCUCAGCUUAACUGUCCCUUCACUAUUCAGAUGGUGCCCAGAACUGUGAACCUCUCUCCUUCAGAUCAGCUUGCCCAGAGUAUGCAAGUACACAAUGGUAGAAAAUGA